GCAGAGACACCGAAUGUACAGUUAUCGUGCACAUUAACGAAACUUGAAAUCACUCGUGUUAUCGAUAAAAUAUUAAGCGGCCGUAAUUGUUGUAAUGUCGAGGAUGAUGGGGGUCCAGUUACGUAAUUCGCGACGCAAAAGAUGGCCUCUGCGUUUUGGUCUUCUACUUGGCUACGUACUCAUUCAAUAUGUUACGUCCGCGAAAUUACCCACCGAAGAAACAUCGUCUUUCUAUCCGAGUUCCACGGACAGCGAGGAAACCUGGACCGUAGAAAGUACCUUGGAAUCUGCCACGUUGCUGGCGGCGGCGGCGGCGGGCGCGGACGUCGAGCAACCUAAGACGAAGGCGAAAACGGUAACCGAGGAGACCCUUGUGCGGGAAGAGAGUGGAAAGGAUGAGCCGAACAGCAACACGGAGAAGACGAAGGAGGAAAAGCCAAAGAAAGUACGCGGACAGUCCAAGGAAGAGUCGCGACAGGAGACAGCGGGGGUUGUUCCGAAAAAGGAAAACGCGGUGAUACCGCCGCCUCUUACCAAGACCAUUCCCACAACUACAACGGUACCGACGAUAACCACGGUGGUGUACGAACGCGCGACUUGGAGGCCGCGAAGAGAGAAUUGCUCGCCACCGGCUAUCGAACAGUUCCCAAGGCCGGUGAUGGGGCCGAAAGCUAGAAAACACGGCGGACUCAUUAUACACAUUUUGGUCGCCGUUUAUACGUUUCUGGGCCUCGCGAUUGUCUGCGACGAUUACUUCGUCUCCAGUUUGGACAGAAUUUGCGAAGAACUACGACUAUCUCCGGAUGUGGCCGGAGCAACGUUCAUGGCCGCAGGUUCCUCGGCACCGGAAUUGGCGACCGUCGUGAUCGGUGUGUUCUUCGCCAAGGACGAUAUCGGAGUGAGCGGUGUGAUCGGUAGCGCGGUAUUCAAUAUAAUGUUUGUAAUAUCAGUUUGCGGGCUUUGCACCUCGACAGUGUCCAAGUUGAAUUGGUGGCCUCUGUGUCGGGAUUGCUUUUUCUAUGCCGUGUCGAUACUCGUGAUGCUCGGUACAAUUUACAACGAAUCGAUAUCUUGGAUGGAGUCUCUGUUCAUGUUGAUCAUGUACGGCGUGUAUUGCAUCGCGUUGUCCUUCAACGCUAGACUGGAGCGUUGGGCAAAAUCUUACGACAUACCUUUUCUACCGAAAGACGACGAACCAGCGGAGGAAAGCGCUCUCGUCAGCUACAGAUCGCUGCAGGAGGAUCGAUUGUCUUACACGGGUCCCAAUUCGCCUGUUACGGACCAAGUUAAAACUCAAGAAGGCGGAAUAGGAGGAGGAGGAGGAGGAGGAGGCGGCGGCGGUGGCCCUGUACCAGAAACGAACGAACCACCGCCUCCGAGGCAACCGGAAUACUACAAAGCGAAAGAGCCUGAUCCUAAUCAAGUAUCGCCGUUGGAAAAACCGGUCGAUGGUAGCAAAUGGACUUUGUUUACUUGGGGCCUGGUAUACCCGAUUCAUUUCAUGUGUCGCGCGACCAUGCCCGAUUGCCGGCAAGAGAAAUUUCGAAACUGGUACCCUUUUACCUUUUGCGUGUCGAUGGUAUGGAUCAGUUUCUACAGUUACAUCAUGGUGUGGAUGAUCACGAUUAUAGGCAGCACUCUGGGUAUACCGGAUACGGUGAUGGGUUUGACGUUCGUCGCUGCUGGUGUCAGUGUGCCCGACGCCCUGUCCUCUUUGGCCGUGAUCAAGGAAGGUUUGGGUGACAUGGCAGUGAGCAACGCCGUCGGUAGCAACGUCUUCGAUAUUCUAGUUUGUCUCGGGCUUCCAUGGUUCAUACAAACUGCUAUGAUACAGCCUGGCUCGCACGUAAAUGUCACCAGCCGAGGCUUGACGUAUUCGACGGUGUCUCUGCUGUCGACGGUGGUAUUUUUGGUGCUGGCAACCCACUUGAACGGCUGGAAGCUGGAUCGACGAUACGGAGUGGUACUGAUGCUUUGGUACCUGGUAUUCAUCAUGUUCGCCUCGCUCUACGAGCUCAACGUCUUCGGUGAAAUGAAUCCACCGGUAUGCUUUAGCUCGUUUUAAUCGUACGAUACCAGGAGCGAUGAAAGUUGUCGUUUUGUUCGACGAAACGAUCCAUAUCGAAUCUUCGUUGCGAUCGUCGUUUCACGGCUUUAAGCAUCGUCCUUCUUUUUCUUCCCUUUUCUCCUCUCUCGUCAGCUGCUCCUCCCCUUCCUUCUUUCCCGUCUUCUAGUUUCUACUUGAAUCGAAACUGAGAACAAACGAGGGAAGAAAAGCCAUGCACGGACGAGACAAAGGAGCGGCGCGUGCGUGUGCGUUCCACUUUGCCCCGGAAUUGAGCAUAUAUGUACGGUAUUAGAAUGUCUGUGUCUCUCGUGGUAGUUUUCGUACGACUUUAGCUAGCCUCUAGGGAAGGGUUCAAACUUUUCGUAAGCUUUACCAAACAAAAGACUCAGAGCGGCGCGAUUUUUCUACAUCGCGUCUACGCUUCCAGCAAAAUCGCGUCCUCCUCCGAUUAUUACCGUCAAUCGACGCGCUGCGCUCUCGUCGCGACAGGCAGUCGUGUAUCGGCGAUAUGCUGCAAGUGUAAACCUUUCCUUCUGCGUCUAGUUUCUAUAUGUAUAUAUACGAUAUCGAUCGAGCCUUCUUCCGAAAGAUCAACGGAACACCGAGAGACAGAAAGCCGCAUGGCUUGGAUCGCGAAAACUAGUUGUAGCGUGUUUGCAUGUUUUUCGAACCAUUUAAACGGACAACACAUUUAUCAGUAUUAAAAGAACCGAUCGUUAAACAGUAGCCAGUUUAGAGCCAGUUAUGGUAAACGUAGGGGUAACUGAUCGAUCGAACAGGCCCAAUCGUGUUUUCCUUUCAAUUGUCUAUAAAAAAUCAUAUUCUUUGGCUCAAUGGGUGGUUUUCGAUAACAAUUUAAGCAUUGAUUUCGGAUUUUACAUGAGAACCGCAUGAUUUUCUUGUAUAUAAAUAUGUAUAUGUAAACGCUACGAAUAAUAAGAUACGGUAACGAUCUCGAUUUAACAAACAGAAGAAUUUUACGGUGCUACGUCGGUGCAUCUCCAAGUUGUUGCAGUACUUUCUUCUUCGAUUACUUUCAGUUUUUCCCCCCCACCCAACUGGAUUAUUAAAUCGAGAUUUUACAACAGUGUCUGAUAUACAUAUACAUAUGAAAGAAGUAUUUAGAAUGUAGAAGCAUCGAGAAAUCUAUUAAUUUCGACAUUUUUUUAUCGGUAGAGUAAUAAAUCCGUACAAGAUUUUUUCUACUUUAAUAAAGACUUGUUAAAGUGGUAAUUGUAAGAAGAAAAGGUUUGUUAUUACUAGCUUCGUUUAUUAACUAUGGACGAACGUAGUCCGGCAUCCACUCGUCGAUGCGACCACUAGUCAAUGUCCGUAACAAGGUUAUAAAAACUGUCCAAAACCGUACGGGUUUUGCUCUCUAUAACACGACUGUUGUUUAUUAACACCGUCAACGUUCUUUUUUUAUUUCUCACGCAACAAUAUGCUGCGUACUUUUUCUAUUUAAUUCGUUAUCAUCGUUUCGUCUUUAUUCUAUUUCUGCUUGGGAUCUAUCUAUUGUCGCGUAUUACGGACGAAUUAAUCCUUCGCGGACAAAACAUUUUUCCAGUAGAACUGUUUGAGAAUGUAGGAAAAUAACGCGUACAAUAACGGGUUUAUAGAGAAUUUGUAAAACUAUGUUCUCUGGUAUAUUAGUUUCUAGUCCGCAAAGGGUUAAUGGAUAAAACGUGCGUUAACUUGUUUGUAGAUUUAGCAAUUAUGUAUUCUUCGUAAUCGGUUUUACGCGUCUCGUAGAAAUUUACGAUAUAAACGUGCAAUUGGAGUUCAAUUUACGAACGAAGAAACGUCGCUCGUUGUAGUUAGCGCUGGGACUGUUUGAAUAAAAUUCGAAUAUUAUUAAGAGAAUAUUUGCUCGAUU